CGACGGCGGCGGCACGAAGGUAGCAGUAGCCGAUGUGCAGUUUGGCCCCAUGAGAUUUCAUCAAGACCAACUUCAGGUACUUUUAGUGUUUACCAAAGAAGAUAACCAGUGUAAUGGAUUCUGCAGGGCAUGUGAAAAAGCAGGGUUCAAGUGCACAGUCACCAAGGAGGCACAGGCUGUCCUUGCCUGCUUCCUGGACAAGCAUCAUGACAUAAUCAUCAUAGACCACAGGAAUCCUGGACAGCUGGACGCAGAGGCACUGUGCAGGUCCAUCAGAUCAUCAAAACUCUCAGAAAAUACAGUUAUUGUUGGUGUCGUACGCAGGAUGGAUAAAGAAGAGUUGUCUGUGAUGCCUUUCAUCGCUGCUGGCUUUACAAGGAGGUAUAUAGAAAACCCCAGCAUCAUGGCCUGUUACAAUGAACUGCUCCAGCUGGAGUUUGGAGAGGUGCGGUCACAACUGAAACUCAGGGCUUGUAACUCAGUAUUCACUGCACUAGAGAAAAGCCAAGAAGCUAUUGAAAUUACAAGUGAAGACCACAUUAUUCAGUAUGCAAAUCCUGCAUUUGAAACCACAAUGGGCUAUCAGUCAGGUGAAUUAAUAGGGAAGGAGUUAGCAGAAGUGCCUAUAAAUGAAAAAAAGGCUGACUUGCUGGAUACUAUAAAUUCAUGUAUCAGGAUAGGCAAGGAGUGGCAAGGCAUUUACCAUGCCAAAAAGAAAAAUGGAGAUAAUAUACAACAGAAUGUGAAGAUAAUACCUGUCAUUGGACAGGGAGGAAAAAUUAGACACUAUGUGUCUAUUAUCCGAGUGUGCAAUGGAAAUAAUAAGGCUGAGAAAAUACCCGAAUGCGUUCAGUCUGACACUCAUACAGAUAAUCAGACGGGCAAACAUAAGGACAGAAGGAAAGGCUCAUUGGAUGUCAGAUCUAUUUCCUCAAAAGGACAUGAAGUUUCCAGCCAGAGACGACACUCCUCCAUGGCCCGGAUCCAUUCCAUGACUAUCGAGGCACCCAUCACCAAGGUGAUGAACAUCAUCAACACCGCGCAGGAGAGCAGCCCUGUGCCGGUGACAGAGGCCUUGGACCGCGUGCUGCAGAUCCUCAGGUCCACUGAGCUGUACUCACCCCAGUUCGGUGCUAAGGAUGACGAUCCUCACGCCAGUGACCUUGUUGGGGGCUUAAUGUCUGAUGGUUUACGGAGAUUAUCAGGGAAUGAAUACGUUCUUUCAACAAAAACGUUCCAUCAGGUUCCAGUCAGUGGAACCACCCCCAUCUCCCUUCACAACAUCCCGCCUCGGGUAGCUCAGGCCAUGGAAAAUGUAGAACACUGGGACUUCGAUAUUUUUGAACUGGAGGCUGCCACCCACAAUAGGCCACUGAUUUAUCUUGGUCUCAGAACAUUUGCUCGCUUUGGAAUCUGUGAAUUUCUAAACUGCUCCGAGUCAACACUGAAAUCUUGGUUACACAUUAUUGAAGCCAAUUACCAUUCUUCUAACCCCUACCAUAAUUCCACACAUUCUGCUGAUGUGCUCCACGCCACCGCCUACUUUCUGUCCAGGCAGAGAGUAAAGGAAACUCUAGAUCCCAUUGACGAGGCUGCCGCGCUCAUCGCAGCCACCAUUCAUGAUGUGGACCACCCUGGGAGAACCAACUCGUUCCUAUGCAACGCGGGCAGCGAGCUGGCCCUGCUGUACAAUGACCUGGCCGUGCUGGAGAGCCACCACGCGGCCCUGGCCUUCCAGCUGACCUUGGGUGACGACAGGUGCAACAUCUUUAAAAACAUGGACAGGAAUGACUACCGCCUGCUGCGCCAGAGUAUCAUCGACAUGGUCCUGGCCACAGAAAUGACGAAGCACUUCGAGCACGUCAACAAGUUUAUCAACAGUGUCAACAAGCCCUUGGCGGCACUGGAGGAAAAUGAGGAAACCGAUAAAGACGAGGAAGCCAUCUCCGCUCUGCUCAGGGCUCCAGAGAACCGGAUGCUCAUCAAGCGCAUGCUGAUCAAGUGUGCAGACGUCUCCAAUCCCUGCCGGCCGCUGCCGCAGUGCAUCGAGUGGGCUGCACGCAUCUCAGAAGAGUAUUUCUCUCAGACUGAGGAGGAGAAGCGGAAGGAGCUGCCUGUCGUGAUGGCGGUCUUUGACAGGAACACCUGCAGCAUCCCUAAAUCCCAGAUCUCUUUCAUUGACUACUUCAUCACAGACAUGUUUGAUGCCUGGGACGCCUUUGUGGACCUGCCGGAUGUAAUGCAGCAUCUCGACAACAACUUCAAAUACUGGAAAGGCCUGGAUGAAAGGAAGCUGCGGAGCCUCCGGCCGCCUCCUGAAUAGCACAGCCACCCAGUGCCCUGCGGCUUCACCUUCUUCACCUGGAAUUCCCGAGGGCAGCCACAGUUUGGAACCAUUGCCUCACCUCCAGAGCUGUGAGACACACAGGGACACAAGUGGCCUUCUGUGGCCACCACUCAACACCACAGAGUGAGCCUGGGCCUCAAGCGUGGCCUGCUAUGGGGCUCCUCCAGAAGCCACUGAGAAGCAGCUUCGAGUCAGCCUUCUGUCCACAGCAGACCCGGGAGCCCCUGAGAGGGACCAUGGGACUUUCUGCUGAGACAGGGACUGUGACACCAGCAACUUCUCAGCCCCGCCAGCACUUACAGCGAGUGGCAAUCGGAUCUUCAGCGGCCGUUUCCACAUCGUACAGGGUGUGAUCACUCGCUUUGGAACACUACUGAAAGUGACUUCUCUUUUCAAAUUGAGUAGCAAAUGAAACAUAAAAAGAAAUUUUGAAGUUGAUUAUUAUCAAUUAUUAAAAUGUUUUAUUUAUUGGAAAUUCAAUAUUUUCUAUGAAUUUAAAACUUCAAAGCCAAAGCCAACUUCCAAUGCCAUGACCAAAUUUACAUGAUUCAUAUUCAUUAACCUGCAUUACUUGGUGUACAGACUUAUUUUCAUAAUGCAAAUUUAAGAUACUAUCAAAUGACAUUUUAUUGCACUAUAGAAAUAUUUGUGUUUGUUAAACUCUUUUCUGAUUGAUGCUAAUUGGGAAAAGCUGUCUUGUUAGUGAGUCUUUCUCUAGAGAGCUAAAGGAGGCCCUACUUACCAUUUCCACUGCAGCCAAACGUGGCUCCAAAGCAGAGCUGAGUGUCUGACACAUUCACUGGUGAUGCCCAGGAUAAAACUGUCCCCCUCUUGGUUUAGCAAAGAAAAAUUGGAUCUUAACUUUUUCCUAAAAUUUUAUAAUUGAACUUCGAAAGUCUGCCUUAUUUUAUACUAUUUCUAUAAAAUAUUCCCUAUGAAAAUAAAGAGCAAACAUGGGAUAUUUAAUAAAUUGACAUUUUAUAACUAGCCUGUUUUCAUCCACAGUGGGAACCUUUGAUUCCAGAAAUUUGUAAAGAUUCCGUACCUUCACAUUUUGAAUAAGGGUAAUACCAUAAAAGUGACACUUGAUGACAUGUCAAAGUGUUAGUUGUUUCAUUUUAAAGUUAUAUUGUUUUUUUAUUUCCAGAUAAAAAUGAAAUUAAACUAUUUGUUUUUAAGAAA